AUGCCAGUCUCAUCACCUUCCCUGCUAGCCCCCAGAGAGGCUCUGGGAAACAUGGGGGGCCCUGUUCGAGAGCCAGCACUCUCAGUGGCCCUCUGGUUGAGUUGGGGGGCAGCCCUGGGGGCUGUGGCUUGUGCUCUGGCUCUGCUGAACCAACAAGUGGAGCUGCAGACCUUAAGGAGAGAGGUGAGCCGGCUACAGAGGACUAGAGGGCCCUCCGAGAAGGGGGAAGGUUCUCUAUGGCUGAGCCUGUGGGAACAGAGUCCUACCGCCCCGGAAGCCUGGCAGAGUGGGGAGAGAUCCCGGAGAAAGAGAGCAGUGUCUACCCAUAAACAGAAGAAGCACUCAGUUCUGCACCUUGUUCCCAUAAACAUCACCUCCAAAGAGGACUCUGAUGUGACAGAGGUGAUGUGGCAACCAGCUCUCAGGCGUGGGAGAGGUAUGGAGGUCCAAGGAUAUGUUGUUCGAAUCUUGGAUACUGGAAUUUAUCUGCUGUACAGUCAGGUCCUGUUUCAUGAUUCGACUUUCACCAUGGGUCAGGUGGUAUCUCGGGAGGGCCAGGGAAUGCAGGAGAUUUUAUUGCGCUGUAUUCGAAGUAUGCCCUCCAACCCAGACUGGGCCUACAAUACCUGCUACAGUGCAGGUGUCUUCCAUUUACACCAAGGGGAUACUCUGAAUGUUGUAAUCCCUCGGGCAAGGGCGAAACUUAGCCUCUCUCCACAUGGAACCUUCCUGGGAUUUGUGAAACUGUGA